AGAAGCGGCAACGAAACAGAGUAGCGAGGCCAUGGCUUCCCUACCUUUGCUGCUCUGCAUAUUUUGUCUCUGCCUUUGCUUCUUUCCCCUUUACUCAUCUGCUGCUCUGCUCUUUCAGGGUUUCAACUGGGAAUCAAGUAACAAAGGCGGAUGGUACAACUCGCUCAAGAACACCAUUCCCGACCUAGCCAGUGUUGGAAUUUCCCAUGUUUGGCUCCCUCCUCCUUCUCAAUCCGUUUCUCCUCAAGGGUACCUUCCCGGAAGGCUGUACGAUCUGGAUGCAUCAAAAUAUGGUUCCAUGGAGGAAUUGAAGUCACUGAUCGCAGCUUUCCAUGAAAAGGGGAUAAAAUGCUUGGCUGACAUUGUCAUCAACCACAGAACUGCAGAGAGGAAAGACGGAAGAGGAAUUUAUUGCAUCUUCGAAGGUGGCACUCCUGAUUCACGUCUCGAUUGGGGUCCAUCUUUCAUUUGUAAAGACGACACUGCGUAUUCUGACAGCACCGGAAAUCCUGACAGUGGAGAGCCAUACGACGCCGCUCCGGAUAUCGACCAUCUCAACCCUCAAGUUCAGUCGGAGCUUUCAGAUUGGAUGAAUUGGCUGAAGACGGAAGUAGGGUUUGAUGGAUGGCGAUUUGAUUUCGUGAAGGGCUAUGCCCCCAGCGUCACCAAGAUUUACAUGCAACGAACCUCGCCAGAUUUCGCAGUCGGAGAAAAAUGGGACACUCUGUCUCUGGGGCAAGACAGCCAGGACGCUCAUCGUGGUGCUUUGGUGAAUUGGGUGCAAGAGGCAGGCGGUGCUGUGACUGCCUUCGAUUUCACCACCAAAGGGAUUCUUCAAGCUGCUGUAAAGGGAGAGCUAUGGAGGUUGAAGGACUCGAACGGGAAGCCGCCGGGAAUGAUCGGGACGAAACCCGAAAAUGCGGUGACGUUCAUCGAUAAUCAUGACACGGGUUCCACUCAGAAACUGUGGCCAUUCCCUGAAGAUAAAGUCAUGCAGGGAUACGCGUACAUUCUAACUCAUCCUGGAACACCAUCAAUAUUCUACGAUCACUUUGUGGAUUGGGGGCUGAAGGAGGAGAUUGGGACAUUGAGUGGGAUAAGGACGAGGAACGAGAUCAAUGAGAAAAGCAGCGUCAAGAUCUUAGCAGCUGAAGCUGAAAUUUACAUGGCAGAGAUAGAUGAGAAGAUGAUCAUGAAGAUUGGGUCAAAGAUGCAACCUGAAGGUGUCGUUCCGUCUAAUUUCCGACUCGCUGCCUCGGGGCAAGACUAUGCUGUGUGGGAGAAAUCUUGAUAAAGUAGAGGAGUUUUCGUCCAUCGCUUUUAUAUUUCAUUUUUAUUUAUCUCGCCCAUAUCAAUAUAAAAAAAUAAAAGUAUAUAAAUUUUUAAAUAUACUUUUAUAUAUAAAUUUAAAAGUGAUAUUAUAUUAUUUUUUUGUAAAAAAUAAUUUUAAACAUAUUUUUAAAAUAUUAUAUAAAGAAAUUGCACUGUAAUUUAUUAAUAAAAUUAAAUAAAUUUUUUAAAAUAUAUCUUAUUAAAUAAGAGGAAAUAACAUCGUGCAUUGUAUUGUACACAAACUGGCUUGUGUCCUGACAAAAAAAAAAAAAAAAAAGGCCUGUGUCCCCACACAAGCGUGGCCUUCGUUUACUAUAAAAGUAUAUUGAGUAUGUUAUCUUUUAUGCAUUUAAUUCAUUUUCUCUGUCAGAAUCUAUCAGUUUUUAAUAUAUUGUUGGUAAGUUAUAAACAUAUUCAUUUCUCUUUGA